GAUACUUUGAUAAAAAUAAUCAGCCAGAUGGUCCCGAGAGAACUGAUUCAUAUGUAAAAAGUGAUGGCGAAAAAAAUAAUGAGUCAGAGAGCUCUAGCGCUUCUUCAGAACAAAUCAUACCCACUACUAUUUCUAAAAAAAAGAUUUUAUUAGGUGGUGCAGGGAACUCUAUUGAUAUAGACAAAUUACUAUCAUCG